AUGUUCAGGUAUACGAGAGUCUCAGAAGUAGAAAAAGUGGUUUGUGCAUCCUUUAUGCUACGAGGUAGUGCUGGACAUUGGUGGGAUACGAUGAGUAGCAUUGAAGAUGUAAAUGCCAUGACUUGGGAGAGAUUUAAAGAGUUAUUUCGUAAUAAAUAUUUUACAGCUCCUGUUCGAGCCAUGAAGAUGAAUGAAUUUAUACAAUUAAGACAAGGAGGGAUGACAGUGGGAGAGUAUAUUUGUAAGUUUGAACAACUAUCCAGGAAUCCUAGAUGUUUCAUAUUCUCAAAUUGCGGGAGAGCCUUAGUUGCAGAACAAGCUGAACAAAGGAUUAGUCGUGCUCAAGAGGCUCGUCGACAGUUUAGGCAAGGUCAAGGACAGCAUUGGCGUAGAAACGAUAAGAAAAGGUCUUUCCAAGGACAAAAUCAGAAGCCUAAGUUUCAACCGAGACAAGGAGAACAACAUUGGGAUCAGGGCAAACGUCCAAGGAUAGAUCAAGGAAAAGCCUCAACAACACAACCAUCUUGUCCCAAAUGUGGUGGACAGCAUACUGGAGCAUGUCCUAUAGAGACUAGAACAUGUUAUGUUUGUGGAAAGAUGGGACAUCUUGCUAGAGCAUGCCCAGGUAAUCCAAACCCUAUGGAGCAAAAGAAAGUGCCAGCUAGGGUGUUUACUAUUACCAGAUCUGAUCCAUCCGUGGUAACAGGUAAAUUCUCUAUUUUUGGCAUCACAGCACUAGUACUAUUUGAUUCUGGAGCCACACAUUCAUUUGUGUCUACUAAGUAUGUGAGGAGGUUGGGUAGGACACCUGAUAUACAAGAGGUUAGUUAUAGUGUAACUAUUCCAUCUGGAGAUGUACAACAAACCAAUCUAAUUGUAAGAGCAUGUGCGAUCCUCAUAGAAAAUUGA